AUUAUUAGUAAGCUCUGGCUAUUCCAUAAUUUUUUUUAUCUGUAUGUCACUGUCUUUCUCCUCGCGGCCGCAUUGGGAGAAGGAAUCACUGAUCCUGGCGUCGAAAGGAUAAACUUUCAGAUUGAUUUGCUACAGUACUUACGUACUGUAACGACUUGGCGCGGACAAGGACUGCUGGAGGAGGCAAAAAUGAUGCAUCAGCAAUCCAUGAUGGUUGGAGAUAUGUUACCCGUUCAUUCUGAGAUACCUGUGCACGCGGAGGAGAUUAAUAAUGUUGGAUAUGAGAAUAGUGGAGCCGGGUACGCCUAUGAUGACCUGUUCCCUGCUCUGCCUCAUUCUCAGCCCCCCGUGCAGCGCAACAUUCAGCUGGUCACUAAUAAACUACGCGUUGGCUCCUCGCUCCAUACGCAGGUAUUUCAUGUGCCAUAUGAAGAAAGGAAAUUGGACAAUGCUAACACCUUUGGCGAAGGCGAGUCUUUAAGGACUUGCCAAGCUAUAACCAAGGACACUGGGGCCCAUAUCGAAAUAUCUACAAGCAAGGAUGGCAGUCUUACUUUUCUCAUUACUGGAAAGCAUAGUGCUGUCCUUGAAGCAAGGCGUCAAAUUUUGACUCACUUCCAGCAACAGGCUAGCAAACAAAUUUCGAUUCCAAAAGAACACCAUCGUUGGAUAUUAGGUAAACAAGGACAGAAGCUAAAGGAACUUGAGAAAGUAACAGCGACUAAGAUCAGUGUGCCAGGUAUCGCUGACAACAGUGAAACAAUAACUAUAACUGGCACUAAGGAAGGGAUCGAAAAAGCUGAACAUGAAAUCAGGGUCUGUUCAGAAGAACAGUCACGUAAAGCUCUGGAGCGUAUUACGGUGCCAAAAAUCUAUCACCCGUUCAUUCAAGGACCAUACGGCGAACGUGCGGCAGCUAUGAGUGCGGAGACUGGCGCUCGCAUACAUAUACCACCUGCGUCGACGCAAAGUGACGAAAUUGUUAUAGCCGGUGAAAAAAAUGGAGUAUUGGCCGCUAAAGCACAAAUUGAACAAAUUUAUGAUGAUAUGGUUAAAAAAUGUUCGACAGUACGGGUAGAGGUGCCCAAGUCUCAACAUAAAUACGUAAUUGGCGCUCGUGGAACUACUAUACAGGAGAUAUUAAAGGAAACUGGUGUAUCAGUUGAAAUGCCACCUCCUGAUUCGCCUACUGGAACUAUCACUCUUCAUGGACCCCACAACAAAAUUGGCCUUGCUUUAUCAAAAGUAUGUGAAAAAGCAAAUUCUGUGAAAACCGCAACUGUAGAUGCACCAACAUGGAUUCAUAAAUACAUUAUUGGAAAGAAUGGAUCGAACAUUAAAAAAAUCACUCAGGACUUUUCUAAGGUGCAUGUUGACAUUACCCACUCUGAAGACAAAGUUAAAAUAGAUGGCCCACCAGAAGAAGUGGAACGUGCACAAGUGGAACUUAAUGACUUUGUUAAAAAUUUACUCGAUACUCUGACUUAUGUUGAACUCUCGGUCGACCCAAAAUUUUUCAAACAUAUUAUAGGCAAAAGUGGAUCUAACAUUAACAGACUGAAGGAUGAGACUGGUGUAGUUAUUAAUAUUAUUGAAAAUGAAGGCAAUCAUGUAAUUCGUAUUGAAGGAAGCCAUCAAGGUGUGGCUGAUGCUGAAAAAGAGUUAAGAGAAAUGGUUAUGAAAUUGGAAAAUGAGAGAACAAAAGAGGUUUAUGUUGACCAUAGAUAUAUUAAAUCUCUUAUUGGGGUUAGAGGAGAUAAGAUUAAAGAAAUACGGGAAAAAUUCGACCGCGUGUUGAUUACUCUCCCUGAUCAGGGUCAAAAAAAGAGUCCUAUUAAAUUAAGAGGUCCACAAGAAGACAUUGAAAAAUGUGAAAAACAUCUUCAUAAAAUCCUAAAAGAAAUUGCUGAAUCUUCAUAUGUUCAGGAAGUUCCAAUUUUCAAACAAUUCCAUAAGUUUAUUAUUGGAAAAGGUGGAGCAAAUUUAAGGAAGAUUAGAGAUGAGACACAGACUCAAAUCGAUCUACCUGCUGAAGGAGAGGAUAGUGAUGUCAUCACUGUUCGUGGAAAACGUGAGAAUGUAGAAGAAGCAGUUAAAAGGAUACAACAAAUUCAUAAUGAGAAGGCAAACAUUGUAACGGAAGAAGUAACCAUACCUCCUAAAUAUUACAAUUCCCUUAUUGGAGCAGGAGGCAAAUUAAUCCAUUCCAUAAUGGAGGAAUGUGGAGGAGUCCUCAUCAAAUUUCCUCCUGCAGAUAGCGAGAGUGACAAAGUUAUUAUCAAAGGUCCAAUUGAAGACGUAGAAAAAGCAAAGCAACAACUGUUGGCGCAUGCGUCAGAGCGUGAACUAACGUCUCAUACUGCACAUGUGCGUGCUAAACCUGAACACCAUAAGUUCCUUAUUGGAAAGAAUGGUGCCAAUAUUAAAAAGAUCCGUGAACAGACGGGAGCCCGUAUUAUUUUCCCAACUGAGAAAGAUGAAGAUAAGGAAGCCAUUUUCAUAAUUGGGCGAGAGGAGCAGGUGGCGGCGGCGCGAAAGCAGCUAGAGGCCGCGGUGGCGGAGAUCAGCAAUGUGUCUGAGGGCGAGAUGACAGUAGCAGCGCGUCAUCACCGACACUUCGUGGCUAGACGUGGGGAAGUGCUGCGUCGCAUCGCGGAUGAUUGCGGCGGCGUGCAGAUCUCCUUCCCGCGCCAAGGUGUCAACAGCGACCGCGUCGUGCUCAAGGGACCAAAGGACUGCAUCGAAGCAGCUAAAGCUCGUAUCAACGAAAUCAUUGAAGAUUUGGAAGCUAAGGUGACAAUUGAGUGUGUAAUUUCUCAAAGACAUCAUCGUACAGUUAUGGGAGCGCGUGGCGCUAAAGUGAAAGAUAUUACAGCUGAAUAUGAUGUGCAAAUUAAGUUCCCGGAGCGCGAUACAGCCGAAGCCGCUGAUGUGCCAUUGAAAAAUGGCGAGGAGAAUGCUGAGCCUGGUGCUAAUGAUAUCAUAAGAAUUACUGGCCGGCCAGAAAACUGCGAAGCUGCAAAGAAAGCAUUGCUUGAGCAGGUGCCUAUUACGAUUGACGUAGAAGUUCCUUAUGAGCUGCACCGAUUACUAGCAGGCCAAAAACGAAGAGAACUGAUGCAGACUUAUGAUGUUCAUAUUUUAUUACCACCAAGUGAAGAGAACAGCGACCUCGUGAAGGUAACAGGUACUCCUACUAAUGUAGAAAAGGCUAAGCAAGCACUAGCUGAUAAGAUUGUAGAGAUGGAAAAGGAGAAAGAAGACAGAAUUUUGAGAUCAUUUGAACUGAAGUUCAAAGUGGAUCCAGAAUAUCACCCUCUAGUGAUCGGUAAAGGUGGGUCCGUCAUAACGAAGAUUCGUACUGACUAUGGAGUGCAAAUAAAUCUACCGAAACGCGGUGAACCUGAUGACGAUACUAUUACUAUUCAAGGAUAUGAAGACAAGGCUAUACAGGCAAAGGAAGCUAUAAUGGCUAUUGUUCACCAACUUGAUAACCAGUUCAGAGAAGAGGUAGAUAUCGAUCCACGUGUUCACCGGAGGCUUAUAGGUUUGAGAGGCAAGAAUAUUAGACGUAUAAUGGAGGAUUAUAGGGUUGAUAUUCGAUUCCCAAAAAAUACUGAGGACAGUACAGUUAUUAUAACCGGUGAUGAAGAUAAUGUUCUUGAUGCAAAAGAUCACCUCCUCAAUUUGGCUGAAGAAUAUCUACAAGAUGUGGUAGACCGUUACCAACGGCCGGCGGCCCCGUCACUAGGCGACUUCGGCGAUAUGCUGGGGUCUGAGGGCGGCGGCGCGGCGCAAGCGUCCGGAGGCACUGGUGGCACUGGAGGCGCGGGCGGCGCGGCGACCGGGUUCGUGGUUACAGGCGGUCCAUGGGAACAACGAGCGCCGGACACGGCGUCCACUCACGAGUUCCCGACCAUGCCAGGCACAGGCCGCGCGGCCGCUGCGCCGCAGCCAUCGCCAGCCGCUUGGGGUCCACGCCGCUAAACGCUCUGGUUAUCUCCUCCGAGGCCUUCGCAUUGUACUGCGUCGCCCCGUGUGAUUAUAUUAUGCAAACAUAAUAAUGGUAUAUAGGUACAUAAUAUAUACAUAUACUUUUAAUAAGUCGCGCGUAGUGUAGAAGUGAAUUAUCGAUCGAUAAAUUAUCCAUUCGUAUCGGUUGCGAUUGAUCGGCCUAUUGUUUCUAUGCAAUUCUCGUUAUGUGAUUUCAGUUUUAUAUUUGUUUUCAAUUUUUACUAUUAUUAUUCUGGUAAUAUAUUCUUCUGAACAUGCACUAGAUUCUGUAACAGAUUCAGAAGUUAUUUUUAAUUAUAUAUUUUAGACAUUUCCAUUUGGUAUGGUAAAUAGAUUGUUCUGUGAAUUCCACAUACAAAUGAAGAUAGAUGAAGCAAGUACCUCAAUUGGGCUCUAAUUAAUAUGAAAACAAUGUCAAUAUUAAACCACUUGAUAAAAAUUGAUAAAAAAAUACUAUUUAUUGAUUACAAACUUUGUUUUUUUAAAUACCAUUGUAAUACUAUUACAAAUCUCUUUUUUUUAAUACCAUUGUAAUACUGUUUUUGUCUCUAAAACUUUUUCAAUAUGAGUUUUAUAUACAAAUUGAAACUUAAUUAGAAAUUCCUAAGCUCUAUUGCAUAUCAUUUUGGGGCAAAAGUUGACAUAUGAAGUAAAUUAAUUUGUGGCUUUUUAGAAUUAAAAAGACAAUUACACAAUAAAAGAUUAACAACAUGACAAUGUUAUUGUUUAUUGUGUAUUGGUUGGAGUAAUAUGCCGAUUAUUAAUGUUAUAAAUGGGUCGAUAAAAAUGCGCCAUAGUCUAAAAAUAUAAAGUAACAAUAAUAUUGUUCAAUAAGGUGCCAGCAAAUUUGCUUAAAAUCAUGAAUAUAUGCCAUUUUACUAGCAUGUUGGUACUCUCAAUUCUCAAUUUUAUGUAUGCAUAUUAAAAUUUGUGCGUUAUAGCAAGUGCAUAAUUAUGUUUCUUUGUACUUAUUGAAUAAAUUUAUAAUGAAUUGUCUAUUUACAUAUUUUUCAUAAUUAUUUUUUCUGUACUAUGUUUUAAGUGUUGCCUAUGAUAAUAAAUCGAUAAAUGAUAAGAAAAAUAAAUAUUUUUACAAUUUGUACAUAGUAAACUGUGUUUGAAAUAUUAAUAAAAUCUUUUACAUGACUAA